AAUAAGUAAUAAUACAAGUGUUAAUCAAACCAAGUUCGAAAAAUUUGACAGGAAAGGUGAGGUGAUCAAAAUAACCGCAACAAGGUUGUAUCACUGUGCAAAAAACGCGGGCUUCAUCAGUCAUAAUAUUACGUUCAAGUACCAACAACAUAAAUGAAUGAAAUUGAAUAAUUCAACAUCCGCUUUUAAAUUUUCAUCCAUCAAACACGUUCCAAACACUUAAAGUUAAAUUUAUUCUCAACACGUCGAAUCGCUUCCAUACGUCAUCAUGUUCAGAGUAUUCAAAACUUGUCAUUUAUUCAAACAGAACAAAAUAUUCACAAGGAGGAUGGCUGCUGUAAAUCUAAAAUCUUUGAGUGAGGACAAAAUUUACGAAUUUUUGAACUCGUUUGAUACAGUAUUGACGGACUGUGACGGUGUAUUAUGGAUGGAUAUGACACCGAUCGAGAAUUCUCCCGAAGUGAUGAACAAGUUUCACGAUCACGGCAGGCAGACUUUCUACAUAACGAAUAACAGCACAAAAACUAGAGAAGAAUUCCUCGCCAAAUGUAGCAAGCUAAAUUUCCAUGCUACUAAGAACAAUAUUUUAUGCACAUCUUAUUUGGCUGCCUGUUAUCUUCAGGAUUUAGGAUUCAAAAAGAAAGUUUACGUCGUUGGCUCUGAAGGUGUAAGCAAGGAGCUCGAGCAAGUGGGAAUUGAUCAUUGCGGAGUUGGACCAGACACGAUCAAACCAGGAGUACCGUACAAAACGUUUGAGAGGGACCCGGAUGUCGGGGCAGUUAUUGUUGGUUUUGACGAGCAUUUUAGCUACCCGAAACUCCUAAAAGCUGCGUCGUACCUCAGUGACGAAAACGUACACUUUGUAGGGACUAAUACUGACGAACGGUUUCCAAUGGAUGGCAACAUCGUUGUACCAGGUACCGGGAGUUUAGUCAGAUGCGUGGAGACAUGUGCAGAGAGAAAAGCAGUAAUCGUAGGGAAGCCAGAUACUUACAUAUCCAAGGCUAUAAUAAAACGUUUCAAUAUCAAUCCAAAACGCACAUUGAUGAUCGGCGAUCGUUGCAACACUGACAUUUUACUUGGGACUAGAUGUGGUUUCCAAACUCUUUUAGUAUUGUCUGGAGUGACUUCUUUAACAGAAGUCAAUACUUGGAAACAAUCCAAUUCUCAAGACGAGUUGGACUUGCUCCCAGAUUAUUAUGUAGAUAAAUUAGGCGAUUUACUACCGUAUUUAGAAAAAUUUAAACCUACCAACGCAAGUGCUACAAUGCUUAAGUUCUUUUCGAAAUCAUUGAGAGUUUCUAUGGCGCAUAUGCUUGCCAACAAGGAAAACUAUGAACGCUUUGCUACUCAAAGAUCUAAUAAUAGCUUGUUAGCGGUCACUUAUUCUCUGUCCUAUAUUCGAAUAGACAGCAAAUUAUGUAAUCAAAGCCACGUGACUUCUGCUAAUCCGUCCAUAAUUGUGCCGAUACGUCCCGAUAUCACAGAAUACGAGUUUCUAUUCACAGGCAAUCACACAAUGGCUGCGAGUAAUCUUAAAUCGUUGUCUGAAGAGGAGUUAAAGAGAUUUGUAAACUCGUUUGACGUCGUUUUGUCGGACUGUGAUGGUGUCUUGUGGGUGGAGAAUGAGCCAAUACCUGGGUCUCCGGAAGUUGUAAGAAGACUAAAAUUAAUUGGCAAAAAGUUCUUCUAUGUGACUAAUAACAACACAAAAACCAGAGCAGAGUUUCUUGAAAAAUGUGAAAAACUGCAGUAUCAGGCGAAACUGGAAGAAAUGAUGUGCACUUCGUACUUGGUAGCAGCGUACUUGAAAGAAAAAAAAUUUAAUAAGAAGGUGUAUAUCGUUGGUAAAGAAGCCAUAGGAAAAGAACUGAAUGCUGUGGGCAUCGAGUAUAUUGGAUUGGGGCCUGAUCCACUGGUCGGUGACUCGUUGGGAAUGAUUGAGAACUUUAAUCCAGAUCCUGAUGUUGGAGCGGUGGUAGUUGGUUUCGAUGACCAAAUAAGUUAUCCAAAAAUAGCUAAAGCAGCAACCUAUGUCCAGAAUCCAGAUGUACAUUUCAUUGGUACAAAUUGUGACAACCAAAGACCGUCACCAAACUCAAACAUUUUUCCAGGGUCGGGUUGUAUGCUGAGAGUAAUUGAGGCAGCGGCGAACAGAAAAGCUGUUCUGCUUGGCAAACCGGAGCCCUACAUAAGCCAGACGAUCAUUUCCAAGUACGGCUUGAAUCCAGAAAGAACUUUAAUGAUUGGCGAUAAAGGGGACACAGACAUCUUAUUAGGAAAACGGUGUGGAUUUAAAACACUUUUGGUUUUAUCAGGUGUAACGAGUCUAAAAGAUUUAGAGAAGUGGAAAAGAUCCGAGGACAAAGAGGAACGUGACUUAGUUCCAGAUUACUACACGGAUAAACUUUCCGAUUUAUUACCGAUGCUUUCCAAUUCAUAGGGGAAAUAGAAUUAUGGGUACCUGACCUAGUAUUAAGCUUUUUAUUAGAAUGCCUAAUACAUUGGAUAAUCUCAAAAUGUAACAGACGAUAGAAAAUUUAAAAAAAUGUUGAAUCUAGUAGAUGAAUAGAAAUUUGCACAACG